AUGGCCGAGGACUCGCCCAAGCGGCGCAAGGCGAAUUUCAAUGAGGCGGAGACGGAGGUGCUGAUCGAGCAGGUGCUGAAGCACGAACAGCUGCUGUUCGCGGCGGGACCCGGUCGCGCCUCCCCGGGCCAAAAGAGGAAGGUGUGGGAGCUGAUCCGGCACAAGGUGAACCCAGUGGCUGCCUGCCCCCGCGACGUGGAGGACCUGAAGAAGCGCUGGCGGGACCUGAAGCGCCGCGACCGCAGCAAGCUGUGCCGCCUCUCGCAGGGCUGCGGGCCGCCGGGGCCCCCCGCCCUCGGCCUCCUUCUGGCCCCCGAGGAGCUGCCGCCCGCGCCGCCCGCCCGCCGCCAGCGCCGCGGCUAUGGCUCCCUGCUGCCCGCCGAGGCCGUGCCCAUCGUGGGCGGCAUCGACACGCUGGAGCUGCCCGGCGCCGUCGUGGGGGACAUGGGGUUUAAUGGCAAUCCUGGCCCAUCUCAUCAAUGCAGUGUUGAGAAGAUGAACCUCAAAGAAGAAAUAGUAGUGAAGGUGGUAGAGCCAGAAGAAAGCUCUGAGGACAUGGUUGUGGUUUCACCUAAUCAAGAAGAACUGCCUUUUCUAGGGACAUCAGGCAGUAGUUCUUCUGGGAAAGUAAAAGCCAAAACAAAAGGCAGGUCCCAGGCAGACCAAAAUGAAAUAACUGAAGAGGACCUACUGCAGAUUCAGCAGACCCAGAUGCAGGUGAUCCAGUCUGGCUUUGACAGUGUCAACCACAAUCUUCGGCUGCUGCAGCAAGGCAUGCAGGAUCUGAGUAACAGCAUCAGCAUCAUGGCGCAUACGCUUGUUGCUAUCAAAAACGUCUAUGUGAAAAACAACACUGGCCCGACCACACACGCCACUGCCUCUACUCAGACCACAGCUGGGUACCUGAGCCCAGGUUCCCCCCAGAUCUCCCCUCCUGAGGACAGAGGUAGAGUGCAGGUGGCUGGAAGCAGCAGCAGAAGCAGCAGCAGCAGCUCCAGCUCCAUGACACAAGAACCAGGUCCCUCCGAGUUUUCUAGGCCCUCUGUGAGAACCAUUAAGAAAGAACAUCCAAAUGGCUGCUACUACUUCUGCUUUGCAGAUGUGUAAAAACUUGAAUAUAUGUAAAGUGACUGUGGUGUUAGGUGCUGUUGUAUGUUCUGCUCCGACCUGUGACUUUGAAGGAGCAAAGUGGACUUGCCUCCUGUGUUUUUCCCAGUGGGAAACAUUUUUGCUAUAGGUGGCAUUAAAAACUAAUUACCAGUCUCCCGUUUGUUAACUCUGUUGCAGUUGGCUAAUAAUUUUCUUCUGUUUUCUUUAUCCUCUUACUCUCUUAAAAAAAACAAACAUUUGAGUAAGACUUUUGUCUGUAUCAUCCUUUGUUUCAUGUCACCUUUUGAAAAAUAAAAGAAAAGGCAUGA